UAAUGUAAUUUUGACACAAAUUAAGAAUUCAUAAAAGAUUUACCAAAAAUAAAAAUAAAAUUCACAACAAAUAAAAAACUCAAUUCGACAUGGAAGAAAAAAUUGAUUUUUUAUAUAUAUAUAUUUCUUUUACGAAAAUUCACAUAGCAACCAACCGAACCAACCAAAAAAUUUAAAUGGCAACUAAAAUCUAUAUUAGAACAACCAAAUAACACAAAUGGUAAAGUUAAAAAAAAAUAAAAAAAUAAAAAAUGAUAUAUGAUUAACUCUCCAAGAAAUUAAUCACUAACCAAAAAAAAAAAAAAAUCCUCACUAAAACCCUAACCCCUAAUUCUUCCUGUCUACCGCGCCAUUUUUGAAACCUAAAAUGCAAGAAUCUGAAUUCCACAAGCUACAAUCUUUCUGAUCUUUAUACGUAAAAUUCUUUGUUAGCAUUGGUUGCUUCUGUAUUUAAAACACAAUUAGCUCGAGUUUUUUCAACAAUGUCUCGAAAAGUAGGUGAAGCUCAACCUGACGAUGGCGACUCUGUCCCAGUAUUGCAGCCUAUCAGAAUUCCCAAACCUGCUGAAGAUAACGACAAGAAGAUUGCAAGCAAGAGACUUAAGGAUGUUGAAAUUUGUGUCCCAAUUGUAUAUGGAACAAUUGCAUUCUAUCUGGGUCGAAAGGCUAGUGAGUCUCAAUCUCAUAAGUGGACAGUUUAUGUUCGUGGGGCCACAAAUGAGGAUCUUGGGGUGGUGUUAAAGAGAGUUGUAUUUCAAUUGCAUCCCAGUUUCAAUAAUCCUACAAGAGUUGUUGAAUCGGCCCCAUUUGAGUUAACAGAGUGUGGUUGGGGUGAAUUUGAAAUUGCUAUCAGUCUAUUUUUCCACAGUGAAAUAUGUGAUAAACAAUUGGAUUUGUAUCAUCAUUUGAAGUUAUAUCCUGAAGAUGAAUCUGGUCCCCAGUCGACUAAGAAACCUGUUGUUAUGGAAUCAUACAAUGAGAUUGUUUUUCCUGAUCCAUCAGAGGAAUUUUUCGCUCGUGUGCAGAAUCACCCUGCUGUUCUUGUGCCCCGUUUACCAGCUGGACUUACUUUACCUAAUCCUGUACAAAUUGAAAAUACCGAAAGGGAAAAAGGAUAUACCAAGGAUCAUCCCCUUAAUCAGUGGUUCUUGAAUUUCUCUGAGGCUGAUGAACUCUUAAAACUUGCAGCUGCUCGGCAACAGGUGCAAGAUCACAUUAUGAAGCUGAAAAGACAGUUGAGCUCAAUGGAUGGAUUACCUCAGCUGUCAAAACCACCCUCUGGAUUCGAAUGAAUAUACAUGAACAUGGUAGAUUGUAGUUCGAGUUUUCUCAUCAGUGUAAAGCAUUGGAGUGUUAGCUAGCACUUGUGAUUAUUAGAUGUGAUCAUGUGUAUUCUCUCUUGAUUUUAGAAGUAUGUAGUAUGUGUAAAUUUGUAUUAGUAUGUGAAGCUUUUAGAGCUAACUAAAAUUUAAUGUGCAAACAACAACGAUUAGCUACAUGGAAUGAUGCCUUCAAUGUAACCUAUGGAUUUGCAUUUAAUUUUCAUUUUCUCUUUUCAUUUAAAAGAGAAAUAGAACUUUAGUCCUAAUGAAAAUAUUGCUUCUCUCUUCAUGUAUCGAAA